GUCAGCGGUGCACUUCCUGGUUGGAUUAUACUUUCUGUCAACAAAGCGGCGGCAGACUUCAGCUAACGCUACGUGUAUCUGGAAAACCCCGGUCCGACUCCGGUACCGGUCCAAAAGUCGCAGCUCUUCUCCAGUUUUCUUUCCUGACGAUUGUUUUCAGAUGUAAGAUGACUUUUACCAGAGUUUUCUCGGCGGUUCUUGUGCCGAUAUGUUGGGUGUUCGUGUCCGUGGGGAAGGAUGUGUUCGGAGCAGCUCCAGUCACCGCGGCGCCCAAACCCGCCGUGACCAACUCCACCGGGCUGAACUCCACACACAUGAGUAAUGGCUUCAACGUGGACAGCUCCAUGAUCCAGAGGGCCCUGUACGUCCUCAUCGGCAUCACCGUGAUCGGGGUCCUGUACUUCCUGAUCCGAGCCGUGCGGCUGAAGAAACCUGCUCUGAAGAAGAAGUACGGCCUGCUGUCCAACUACGACGACUCCGUGGAGAUGGAGGCGGUGGAGAGCGACGAGGACGACACGCUCUACGAAGCUCGCAGCCUCCGCAGAUGAGUCCAGUUCUUCGCCCUCCGAUGGAUCAGGCCUGCAGCUGAUAUUGAUUAUGGAUUUCGGGGCACAAAGCACUGACCAGCGACUGCUGGAGGUUGAAAAAAAAUGGACCAAAUCGUUUUUGAAGAUAAAUGCCAAAGCUCAAAGCUGCUCAAGGACCCAGAGCAGGAUAAUAAAGGUUUUUUUAAGCGUGGGGUUGGAUGGUGGAGUUGACGUUUUUGUGGAUCCUCAUGAGGCCAAAUGUUACUCUUAUUUUCAUUAUUAAUAUUAUCAUCAUCAUUAUUAUUAUUAUUAUUAUUAUCCAUAUUUCAGUCUUUUCUAAGAAUUUAUUCAGUUGUAUUUUUUCACUCUGAGCUUUUCCGCUCCAACUAUGUGCUUUAAACUACUGUACGCUGACUGCAGACCAGCCGGACGACCUGCACACUCCUGUUCAUAUCAGGCAGCAGCAGCAGCAGUGAUCGGUUUGCGACUGAUCAGGAUUGAUCUCAGACUUUGACCCGCCAACUUGCAGAGAUAUGAGCUGUUGGGAAACCCUCGCUGUAUCGAGUUUCAUUUCUGGCGUCUUCAAGCUAAAAAGGAACUUUUUCUAUAAAUCUGUGAUUCCUAAUUACUGUGGAGGCUCUGUGACUUUUGCUCUAACAGCACCACGAGGUUCGUCAUGUAAACAAGAUAAUUACACUCUAAUUUUCUAAAUUAAACGACUUCACUGUU